AUGAACUCCACCUUGGAUGGUAAUCAGAGCAGCCAUACUUUCUGUCUCCUGGCACUGGGCUACUUGGAAACUGUCAGGUUCUGUCUUUUGGAAGUGCUGAUUAUUGUCUUUCUAACUGUAUUGAUUAUUUCUGGCAACAUCAUUGUGAUUUUUGUGUUUCACUGUGCACCUCUGUUGAACCAUCAUACUACAAGUUAUUUUAUCCAGACAAUGGCAUAUGCUGAUCUCUUGGUUGGGGUAAGCUGUCUGGUCCCUUCCUUAUCGCUCCUUCACUACCCCCUUCCAAUGGAGGAGGCCAUGACUUGCCAAGUAUUUGGUUUUGUAGUGUCAGUUCUGAAGAGCGUCUCUAUGACUUCUCUGGCCUGUAUCAGCAUUGAUAGAUAUAUUGCCAUCACUAAGCCUUUAACCUAUAAUACCCUGGUUACUCCCUGGAGACUACGCCUUUGUAUUUUUCUGAUUUGGCUAUAUUCAACCCUGGUUUUCCUGCCCUCCUUCUUCCACUGGGGCAAACCUGGAUAUCAUGGAGAUGUAUUCCAGUGGUGUGCAGAGUCCUGGCACACCAACCCCUACUUCACAUUGUUCAUCGUGAUGAUGCUGUAUGCCCCAGCUGCCCUCAUUGUCUGCUUCACGUAUUUCAACAUCUUCCGCAUCUGCCAGCAGCAUACAAAAGAAAUCAGCGAAAGGCAAGCCCGAUUCAGCAGCCAGAAUGGGGAGACUGGGGAAGCUCAGAGCUGUCCAGAUAAGCGCUAUGCCAUGGUCCUAUUCAGAAUCACAAGUGUAUUUUAUGUCCUCUGGUUGCCGUACAUCAUCUACUUCUUGCUGGAGAGCUCCACAGGCUGCAGCAGCCGCCUUGCAUCCUUCCUGACUACCUGGCUUGCUAUUAGUAACAGUUUCUGCAACUGUAUCAUUUACAGUCUCUCCAACAGCGUUUUUCAACGAGGACUAAAGGGCCUCUCGGGGUCUAUGUGUACUUCUUGUGCAAGUCACACCACAGCCAAGGACCCUUACACAGUUAGAAGCAAAGGAGCCCCUAAUGGAUGUCAUAUCUGAGGGGCUUCAUAGACUCAGUCGCUCUGUUUGCAAGGAGAAAGGGUGGCUUUGCUUCUGCUUUUCCCUUCCGUCUUUGUGCUCCCAGGUCACUAGAGGUCUAGGACAGAAUUAUUUGAUUGUGAGCAGCUGCAGACUAUCCAGAUACCUUCUAAGUUUGCAGAAGUUGUUUUCUAAAGGAGAUUUAAAAUUAGAAGAAUCAGAAUCAUGAAAAAAAAAAAUCACUGGAUCCAGUUUUUGAAAUGUCAUGGAAGUGACUACAGUUCUCAGAUUCAAAAGGAAUAAAGCUACAGCUGACACAUCUCCCAGCUGCUGUGGCUGAACCUGGGUGUGAAAAGUGUCAGCACUUAAAAAAAAAUCACCAUUUUCUUGUCCCUUUUUGGAUAUCUUUUAACAGGGAAUAUUAAAAUAUACUGAUGAACUAACAAGGAUUUUCUUUAUCUGUGCCAAAAUAUAACUGUACUGCAAGUUUCAGCUCAUUUAGAUAGUGAGAUGUUUUGUUUUCUCAUUUCUUGAGAGGAAUCUCCAUAGGAUAAAUAAUGUGAACACUGAAUAUUACUUUUGAGAGUGUUGAAAUGAACCAUGAAACAACUGUGCAAUGAAGUCAAACAGUUGUGAAAACGGCUGCUUUUACUUCGUGCUUCUGUGCAUUGUGAACAUGUGCAGAGAACAUGCUCUGACAUUACCGUGCUUUUCCUAUGCCCCUGUGUUUGUGAACAUUGAGAAUAUUUACACUGAAUUAGAUUUUUUAUAACAAUGUAUUUAAAUAAAUAAUAGACA